AUGGACAAACUGCCCGCUGUCUCGGGGCUUGCACAAUCGUUCCUGGAAAACAUGAAGCUCAUGAACGGAGAGCCGGAUGUCUAUCUGGCAGGAUUGUGGAAGGGAGAUCUUAUACCGUCACUUCUCCGGUGUGUCGUCGGUUGGGAUCACACAAAACCGUCGGAAUAUCGCGCUCCAAGCUGGUCAUGGGCUUCAAUAAAUGGCCGCAUCAAGUUCGAAAAACUCGGAUACGUCCAUCGCUUAGAAAGCCAAAUCAGCAUCAACGAGAUUAGCUGCACUCCCGUAUCCUCUCUUGAUCCUACUGGCGCAGUAAAAACGGGCCGUCUCGUGGUCACAGGGCCUUUGACUGCAGUGCAAUUGGUCGUUCUAGACGGAUAUCGAUCUAGUGACCCUUGUGACGGUCCUAUGGUUAUGUUCAGCGAGCGCAACCCGGCUCAUUUCAUCCGCGGCCCGAGUCUCAAGAGCUAUGAAGUCUCUUUCGACAUAGCACUGCCCCCGAGUCUACGAGCGGGAGCGUGGUGUUGCGGCUGUUGGCGGACAGGAUACGAAUGCUCGGCUUGCUCCUUCGACUUCGACGAGACAUCGCAGUUCUUUUGCUUGGAGUUAUGUACCACUAAGCUUGGAACUACUUACUACCUUCUUUUAAAGCGUUCUCGUACAAUUCAAGACGCAUUUGAAAAAGUGGGCGUGGGCCGGAUUCGAGGUGGGGUCAUGCAACGAGACGGACUCUUUGGUAACGCGGAGGAAGUCACUCUCACGAUCAUUUAG